AUGAGUAGAGAACUUUUACUAGUGAUUACGAUUUUGGUAUGCGGAAUAUUGGCAACCAGAGCUGAGGAUGGCACAACAACUGAAGGAGAGGCUGAAGCUUCUUCAAGCACAAGUUCUCCCGCGUUCGAUGAGAAUGAUGAAGAUAGUUCCUUAAUUUUGGGUAACCUCAGUCUAUGCGGAAAUGUGGCGGAUAAUGUGUUCCUGCCCUUUGUGGGAGACUGCAAUAAGUAUUAUCUCUGUCGGUCUGGCCAGGCCAUAGCCCUGCAGUGUGAAUGGCCCUACCAGUUCGAUGCUCCCAGCCAGAGCUGCGUGAAUCCCGGCAAGGCGGACUGUCUGCCCACCUGUGAGGCCUUCAACUUUACCACCUUUAGUUACCAGCGCACCUGCACCAAGUACGUGCUCUGCUACUAUGGACGUCCUGUCCUGAGGGAGUGCCAUGAUGGCCUCCAGUACAACUCCCAAACGGAUCGAUGCGACUUCCCCAAGAAUGUGGACUGUGUGGAGUCAGAGUGUUCCAUUUACUACAAUGCCUAUCAUUUGCGUUAUGUGCCCAGCAAAGUGUCCUGCGAGAAGUACUUCCUCUGUGGUAAUGGAGUUCCUAGGGAGCAGACCUGUACGUCAGGCUUGUACUUUAGCACCAAAUGCGAUUGUUGCGAUAUUCCAUCAAAUUCAGAUUGUCAGAUCCCUGCUGAUCAGCGGAAGGCGCAGUUCUUCUCCCGUCUUCGUCCUGGAGUAGUUGAAGGAAUUUGUCCUCCUACAGGUAUCCACAUCUUUGCCCACGAGUCACGCCAGGAUGCCUACUAUUACUGCGUUGAAGGUCAUGGUUUGAUCCUGGACUGCUCUCCGGGUCUUUGGUAUGACCCUAAGAUUCAGGAGUGCCGUGAACCCCAUAAUCUAGGCCGUUAA